CGCCGCGCUCCGCUCGCUCAGCGGCCGGGCCAUGCCCCGCAGCCGCGCGUGACCGCCGCCAGGUCCCGGUGCACCAUCCCUCGCCCGAGCCGAGCUUUCGGUGCACGCAACUCCCCCGGCCCCCGCCGGUCCAGCGUCACCAUGCCCCGGGCCACUGCGAUCGGGGCCCUGGUGUCACUGCUGCUGCUGCUGCCCCGCGGCGCCGGGGGACUCCGGGACAGCCCCGACGCCGCCUCGGACUACUCGGCGCAGGAAGGCGAGGAGGACGCGGAGCAGCAGCUGGAGCAUUACCACGACCCGUGCAAAGCCGCUGUCUUUUGGGGAGACAUUGCCUUGGAUGAAGAUGACUUGAAGUUAUUUCACAUCGACAAGGCCAGAGACUGGACCGAGCAGUCAGUGGAGACAAUAGGACACGACACAGGUGGGCUUGAAGAGCAGCCAACCGAGAGCUGGCCAAAUGCCACAGCCACAAAUACCAGCAGUGAGGGAGCUAGAAAGGAUGAUGGCGAGGGGAAUGCCACGUUUCCACACAGUGCUGGGAUCUUGAAUGCCACAGCCGAGACCUUCUCUUCCCGGGUCCGAAGAGCCACAACCUCAAGGACAGAGAGGAUAUGGCCCGGAGGGGUCAUCCCCUACGUCAUUGGAGGGAACUUCACUGGAAGCCAGAGGGCCAUUUUUAAGCAGGCCAUGAGACACUGGGAGAAGCACACCUGUGUGACCUUCAUAGAGAGGACCGACGAGGAAAGCUUUAUUGUGUUCAGUUACCGAACCUGUGGCUGUUGCUCCUACGUUGGGCGCCGAGGAGGAGGUCCGCAGGCCAUCUCCAUUGGGAAGAACUGUGACAAGUUUGGCAUUGUGACUCAUGAGCUGGGCCACGUGGUUGGGUUCUGGCAUGAACACACCCGGCCAGAUAGAGACCAACAUGUCACCAUCAUCAGAGAAAAUAUCCAGCCAGGUCAGGAGUAUAAUUUCUUAAAAAUGGAAGCUGGGGAAGUGAGCUCUCUGGGAGAGACAUACGACUUUGACAGCAUCAUGCACUACGCCCGGAACACCUUCUCAAGAGGAGUUUUCUUAGACACCAUCCUCCCCCGUCGAGAUGACAAUGGCGUCAGGCCAACCAUUGGCCAACGCGUGCGGCUCAGUCAGGGAGACAUAGCUCAAGCCAGGAAGCUGUACAAGUGCCCAGCAUGUGGGGAGACCCUGCAGGACACAACAGGAAACUUCUCUGCACCUGGUUUCCCAAACGGCUACCCUUCAUACUCCCACUGCGUCUGGAGGAUCUCGGUCACUCCGGGGGAAAAGAUCAUCCUAAAUUUCACAUCCAUGGAUUUGUUUAAAAGCCGCCUGUGCUGGUACGAUUACGUGGAAGUCCGGGAUGGUUAUUGGAGAAAAGCCCCCCUGUUGGGUAGGUUUUGUGGCGACAAAGUCCCAGAGCCCCUCGUCUCCACUGAUAGCCGGCUCUGGGUGGAGUUCCGCAGUAGCAGCAACAUCCUGGGCAAGGGGUUCUUCGCAGUGUACGAAGCUACCUGUGGAGGAGACAUUAACAAAGAUGCUGGUCAGAUUCAAUCUCCCAACUACCCAGAUGACUACAGACCUUCCAAGGAAUGUGUUUGGAGGAUCACGGUUUCGGAGGGGUUUCACGUGGGACUUACCUUCCAAGCUUUUGAGAUUGAAAGGCAUGACGGCUGUGCAUACGACUACCUGGAGAUCCGCGAUGGCCACACGGAAGAGAGCGCCCUGAUCGGUCACUUCUGUGGCUACGAGAAGCCAGAGGAUGUGAAAUCAAGCUCCAACAGACUGUGGAUGAAGUUUGUGUCCGAUGGCUCUAUCAAUAAAGCGGGCUUUGCAGCCAAUUUUUUCAAGGAGGUGGAUGAGUGUUCCUGGCCGGAUCAUGGUGGGUGCGAGCAUCGCUGUGCAAACACACUGGGCAGCUACAAGUGCGCCUGUGACCCUGGCUACGAGCUGGCUGCCGAUAAGAAGACAUGCGAAGUGGCCUGUGGCGGUUUCAUUACCAAGCUGAAUGGAACCAUCACCAGCCCUGGGUGGCCAAAGGAGUAUCCCACAAACAAAAACUGUGUCUGGCAGGUGGUGGCCCCCGCUCAAUACCGGAUCUCCCUUCAGUUUGAAGUGUUUGAACUGGAAGGCAAUGACGUCUGUAAGUACGACUUUGUGGAGGUGCGCAGUGGCCUGUCCUCUGACACCAGGCUGCAUGGCAAGUUCUGCGGCUCUGAGACGCCUGAGGUCAUCACCUCGCAGAGCAACAACAUGCGUGUGGAGUUCAAGUCCGACAACACGGUCUCCAAACGUGGCUUCAGGGCCCACUUCUUCUCAGACAAGGACGAGUGCGCCAAGGACAACGGCGGGUGCCAGCACGAGUGCGUCAACACGUUCGGGAGCUACCUGUGCAGGUGCAGGAACGGCUACCGGCUGCACGACAACAGGCACGACUGCAAAGAGGCUGGCUGUGCACACAAGAUCAGCACUGCAGAGGGGACCCUGGCGAGCCCCAACUGGCCCGACAAAUACCCCAGCCGGAGGGAGUGUACCUGGAAUAUCUCCUCGACUGCAGGCCACAGGGUGAAACUUAUGUUUAAUGAGUUUGAGAUCGAGCAGCACCAGGAAUGUGCCUAUGACCACCUGGAAAUGUACGACGGGCCCGACAGCCUGGCCCCCAUCCUCGGCCGUUUCUGUGGCAGCAAGAAACCAGACCCCGUGGUGACUUCAGGCAGCAGCCUGUUCCUCAGGUUUUAUUCUGACGCCUCGGUGCAGAGGAAAGGCUUCCAGGCAGUGCACAGCACAGAGUGUGGCGGCAGGCUGAAGGCUGAAGUGCAGACCAAAGAGCUCUACUCCCAUGCCCAGUUUGGGGACAACAACUACCCAAGCCAGGCCCGCUGCGACUGGGUGAUAGUGGCAGAGGACGGCUACGGCGUGGAGUUGAUAUUCCGGACCUUUGAGGUCGAGGAGGAGGCUGACUGUGGCUACGACUACAUGGAAGCCUAUGACGGCUAUGACAGCUCCGCGCCCAGGCUCGGCCGCUUCUGUGGCUCUGGGCCUUUAGAAGAAAUCUACUCUGCAGGAGAUUCCCUAAUGAUUCGAUUCCACACGGAUGACACCAUCAGCAAGAAAGGAUUUCAUGCCCAGUACACCAGCACCAAGUUCCAGGAUGCCCUGCACAUGAAGAAGUAA